AUGUCUAACAACAGCCGCAAAACCAAUCACGAAACAGGCCUUGCAGAAAACCCCGAAAUUGCUCCGAUUGCAUCGAAAGAAGGAAAAAAAAGAAUUGGAGCAAAUAAGAUUCCGGCCCAGGGUCCAGCAUGCGGUGGAGCUAGUCGGCGUGUUCGGAGCUCCCUCCCGGAAGAUCGACCUUUCCGCAGAAAACCACCAAGACGCCGUAGUGAGGAGAUUCAAGAGAAUAUGCCAACUGCGCCCUUGGCCUCUUCCAAUUCGUUUCAACCUACUGCAACACCUGAAGCAGGAGUGUCUACGCCAUCAACACAACAGCACCGUUACCCAAACCCAGGUUACCUUGGCAUAUCCAGCCACUCGACUCUAUUUAAUGAAGUAUUCACAGGUGCAGAUGCUGAUAUCACAGCUCAUAAUGAGUCUGCUCAACGGGAUAUGUCGGCCCCUCCGACGGACUUCCUGAAUGACCAGGUCGUCAUGGACAGAGCGAUGAAUGCCUUGAUGCGCCUUGAUCGAAUGGACAUAUCUAACAUCACACCUCUGGUUCUAUCAUGGCUUAGCAAGGGCGUCAAUCUUCCCCUUGCCGGACCGUUUGUACCUCAUUGCUUAGCUUCAGUCGCGCAGUGGAGGGAACUCCUAUCUCCCGACUGUGUCGAUGAAUCAGAAAAUGCCGGCUCCGGAGGUACGAGUCCUGCUUGCGUCAAGACUCUACUUCUGAACACCCAGAAGUCCAUCGGUAUGCGCCGGGAUAUGAGUACUCAGGACUAUCUCAACCAGAUGCUCGGGAAAAACUUGAGAUGGGAAAGCUUGGGUAUCUUCUUUGUAGCUGCAUCGAGGGCAGCUUAUGACACCCCCUUUUUCACACCCCUCUAUACGACCAAGGAGCAACGACGUAAACUCAUCAAAGCAUUGACAUACAUAGGAGACUGCUGCUUAGAGACCUCUCUCGCCCUCGAUUGUCUGAACGACCUGCAGCUCAUCCUGCAGUAUGAAAGCUUCAUCGUACACUCCCAGGUCGACGGUGAUCAGAGCUACCAUUCCUGGAGAAGAAUCGGCGACGUAGCCAGCUCCCUAUUCGCCAUGGGCUACCACGAGCGAAUCGACAGCACCAACUCAGACAUCCCGCCCUUCAUCAUCGAGCUGCGGAAAGCCAGCUUCGCUCGCAUAUACGCCGCCGACAAGAGUUUGGCUGUGUUCCUCGGUCGUCCGCCGCGGGUCGUGAAGGACUAUUGCCAGUUUAACAUCCCGAGCAAUCGAGAAGACUUUUGGAAAGCCAGACCUGCGGACGACAACAACAACCGCAUGCCAUUCCCAGAUUCGUUGAACGACCAGACAGCCAGUGACCUCGAACCCAUAAACUACACCGCCGACACGCGGUGCUCAGCGCUAUUCGCCUGGCUCAAAGAAGACGUCCUCCAACUCCUCCGAAAACGUCAUGUCCUCGACAGUCCAUCCCAAAUAAACGACCUCCGCAUUCGCGUCGACCAACAAUGGGCCUCCCUCCCCCCACACUUCCGCCUCACGACCCCCCUCUCCUCCUGCGACCAGCAAGGCUCCUUCGAGCGGGACUUCCUCGCCGGCACGCGCCUCGACUACCUCCACAUCCACUUCCUCCUCGGCCUCGUCACACACCAGCGCCGCAUCUCCUCGCCGAACGACGAACUACUAGCCGUGGCCACCGAGAUGCUGUCCACCGCCGUCGAGGUCAUCAUCCUGCGCGACCAGCUCGUCAACUCGGGCUCGUGCCUGAUAUGGAAGGUCGCGCAGUACGCGCUCCCCGCCGCGGGAAUCGUCUCCCUCGCCCUCCUCGCCCAACACCCAUCCUCCCCCUCCUCCCCGCCGCUCCUCCACACGCACCGCCCGAAAAUGAUACAGGAUCUCAGCGUGCUGGUCGCAGAGGUCACGACGGGUGCGUGGAUACAGGCUGGGGAGCCGAACUUUGCGCUUUUCGAGCGCGCGACGCGCACGAUUCAGAGUCUGCUGCAUAGUUUGCUGGCGGUGAGGCCAAGGGGGGUGGAGAGGGGAGAGGAGGGAGAGAGGGAAGGGGAGGGUGGCGUGGAGGGGUGGGAUCCGUGUGCGGCGAAUUCGAAUUCGCAGCUUUGGGAGUUUGAGAUGGAUUUUUGGGAGAAUUUGGCGGGGCAUCCGACGUUGUUGGGUUAG